AGAUUGUUUGAAUAAACUUUAUUGACAGUGGCAUCUGUCCGUUCGGGACAUAUCCAGCAUGGGUGCUCGGCUCGCGCGGAUGUUCCGUAACUUUAACGUGGAGAACCGCGCGCUGCGAGAGAUCUCCAAGGAUAAACCGAGAGCUGCGCCCCGGUACCCCGACAGGGCGCCGCCGCCCUCCGUCAGCGCUGAGGCGGCGGAGUUGGUGAAGAAGAAGGACGAGUCGUUGUUGGGUCACCUGAGGUCUGUGUAUGUGGAGUCCACGGAUCCAGCUGCUGCUGCUGCAGAGGUCAGUGUGUCAGACAGUGUGGCAGCAGCUGAAGGAGCAGAGCGGAGGCCCCUCAGGGUCAGCUUCCCAGGACACAUGUUUGGUCUAGCAGAGCUUUCAGACGUUCCCAAAGGGAAACUGACCAUCGCAGAGGCUCUCAAGGCCCUCGGCAGCCACCAGCACCAGCCUCAGACGUGGACGGCUGAGAAGAUCGCUCAGGAAUAUUCCCUUGACUUAAAAGACACAAAAUCAUUGAUGGAGUUCUUCAUCCCCUUCAAAGUGGAGAUCAUCCCUCCUAAGACCAGAACUGCCAAGCAGAUAAAGGCUUCCUAGGACCCACACAACCCAGAAGCUUUACCUGACUUAUUUAUCAGCUAUAGUAGGCGCCCCUAAAGUUGGUCCUGGAGGGCUGCUGUCCUGCAGGGUUUACAGGUUUCCCUGCUUUAGCACAGCUGAAUCUGAUGAUUGCUUUCAAUGAAAAUCAGCUGUGCUGGAGCAGGAAACCUCUGAAACCUGCAGGACAGCAGCCCUCCACUACCCACUUUGGGGAUGCCUGUUCUGUGUUUGAGCAGGAGAGGGAAUAUUGGUGUUUAGAUCGAAUCCAUCCAUCAGAAAACGGCUGUAAUGCUUUCAGGAAGGCUUCCAUCAGGGAGAAAUAUAACGGUGAGGGGGAGAAUUCAGAUUCAGAAAGGUUUCUGUCAUAUCAAACAGCUGAGGCUGGAUGCCUGGGUCAGAUAAGGUUGAAAAUCCAGAUAGCUUUAGGUGACAACAGCUGUUCUACUCCCCAUCUGAGACAUCCAGUCUGCUCCAGAGGAGCAAGGAGGAACCUGUGCAAUCAGAUCGCUGCAGAAAACGCACAUCUUCCAGAAUAAAUGGUUGAUAUCUCA